AUGGCUCGACUCUCCGGUCUUCAAAGAGAUGUCUUGUCUCUUUACCGAAAAUGUCUGCGUGAGAUUCGAAAGAAGCCUACGGUAGGUAUAUUUCAACCGCACUCCGUAUCUCAUCUGAUCGUUCUUCAGGAAUCAAGGCCCAACUUCAAAGCCCAUGCCCGGGCAGAGUUCCAAAAGCAUCUCUCGGUGAAUAAAAAGGACUUUAGCGCUGUGGAAUAUCUCCUGCGCAAAGGCCAUCGACAGCUCGAGAUGUAUGCCUCUCCGGGAAUCCGCAACAUCCGAUAA